AUGAACACUACUGGGAAUGAAAUAGGAUGUGCUUCGCAGUAUUUGGUUACGAAUCCAUCUCAGGACGCUGAAUGUCACCACGGCAACGCAUGCAAACUUGCAAAAAGACAAAAAUACCGAUCAAAAUCUUUGGCCUCAGCUAAUCACCAAAGUCGUUGUUUAACUAACUACGGAGGUGGGACCUAUAGCAACAGCCAAAACGACCGACUACUUCGCGUCUCGCGCGUAAAUGAUGUCCGAGGUGCUGCUAACUAUUUCAACUUUGCUGCAGAGAGUGACAAACGCAAGGACUCCAGGUUUAUUGGUGACCAACAUGAACUCACUGCUCAGAUCCUCGGGUUUAACUUCUCUUUGUCUCCAGAUUCCAAAGCAGCAACCAUAUAUCAACACUACUAUCCUGAGGGUGGAUGGGGUUGGGUAGUGUGUGGGUGCGCUGUGUUAGUACAGUUACUGACCUCCGGACUUCUUUCUGCACACGGCUUUUUUAUCUACCAAGUAAAACAACACCUGAAAUUCAGUGUCGACAUAACUGGAACAGUUUGUUUGGGAACAUUCUCAACAUGCAUUGCCCUCUUUCUCUCACCUGUAAUAAUGGCCAUUUGCAGGCGGAGAAGUACAAGAUUACUAGCCGUCCUGGGUGGACUUAUCACAGCUCUUGGGUGUCUUUUUACUUCAUUUGCCUCUCAGUUUCACCAGUUGUUUGUUAGCUACGGACUGUUUGUGGGUUGUGGUGUCUGCAUGAUCCGUGAUGCAGCAACCCUUAUAAUUGGCCAGUACUUCAAACGGAAACGAGAACUGGUAGAAAUUGCCAUCUUCUGUGGCGCUGGACUCGGGAUGACUAUUAUGCCAGUGUUUUUAAGUGAAUGUAUAAGGACUGCUGGAUGGAGACUUGGUUUGCAGGCAGUUACAGGAAUCGUCUCCAUUACGUUUAUUUUGGGAGUUUUUUACCGACCAGCUUCCUUAUACCACCCACAAAGAAGGGCGAUUCUCCACUUGAGAGACCUACUGAAGCGUUCGAAGGCCAAAGACAAACAAGGAGUUAUAGAUGACCCUCACUUUAUUGACUUCGGAGUUCUAAAGUCACGAACUGUUCAGGUCCUGAUACUGGGAACUAGUCUGACUGCCUUUGGAGCUCAUACACCAAUCAUUUUACUCGUUUAUCAAGGUGAAAAAGAAGGUUUGGACUACCAGUCCUUGUUGCUGCUUCAAGUCUUUCUAGGCAUAGCUUUCGUUUUUGGAAGCGGGAUUUUUGGUUUUAUCGUCGUAAAAAAUAGUGCACAUUGCAUAAUUCCUCGUCAGUAUCUCUGUCAAAUUGCUUCUUUCAUGAUAAGUGCCUCUCUCUUUGCUUUCACUGCUGUAGAAGAAUAUCAAGGAUACUUGUUCUUCGUUUGGAUUUACGGGCUAUUCUAUGGAGGUUACAGUUACUCACUAAAAAUGUAUACACUUGAAAAAGUGCGAGCUCGAAAUUUUACCAGAGCUUGGGGUUUCAUCCAGUGGGCACAGGCCAUUCCGUUUAUAAUAGGAAUUCCUGUUGCAGGAUACAUUAACGAGCAGUACGGUGGAAGAACAGGACUCUACUUAUCUUCUGUAUUUGUGUUUCUUGGAAGCAUCACGUUAUUUCUCAUAGACAUUCAUAAACGGAAUGUUGAAAAACGAAAGAUGAGUGUGUUUAGUGGGGGUAGACGAUGUUCAAGUGCUUGCCUCGACCAUGAGACGUUCAGCUGUCGGUCUUCUUUUCAGGACUCAGCGUUGGUACACAACAUACCGUUACCUCAGCUUCAGCAGCACAGUUUGACCUUCAGUAACUACAUGGACUUGCGACGGCAGGAACUCACGUGCAUCUCGGAAGAAGUGGCAAUGGAGAACUUGUUUGAGGACUUGAUGGACGAUUGCAUCACUUCCUGUAACAAAGAAGAGAAGUAUUUGAUGCUAAGUGAAUAUGAACAAAAUUUAAAGAAAACCCAAGAGGGUUUUGAAAAUGAAAAACGAUCAAUAAUAAACAGAAACAAUUCCUUAGCCAAUCCCCAUAACUUAGAAAUAUGCCCCAGCUGUUUGAAGUACAUUGCUCCAUCAACAGAUGGUGGCACAGAUCAUGUAUCAUUUACCGCAACCCCUAUUAGGCAAAAUGAGCAACAGCUGUGUAGUGUGGGCAUCAUUGAAGAGGUUACAACGUCACUGUGA